AAUAAUGAUAAGUCAUUUCUGAAACUUGAGAAAAUCAGUCAGAUCAAAUAAAAAGCACCAAGCAGAUUAAAAAAAAACUGCUGUCACAUCAGCUCUGAACUCUUCAAAUAUUAGGUAAGCAACCAUUUGAACAAUUCUGGAAAUAAAAAUGUAGUUGUUCAUUCUUUUUUCAUUACCAGUAAUAUCAAAUAAGAAUGACCCCUCACUAUAUGUGUGUAUUUUUUAUUAUCAACAUAGUUGUGUUAUAGUAUCAACAGACAUAAUUUCCAGAGGCUGUUUUUCUGUCUCAUUGCAUUAGUCUGAGAUGCUGCAAACAUUGUUGUUCAUCUUGACCAUCGUUCUAAUGACUUCAGAUGUUGACCCUGUUGAUCCGACAGAUAUGUAUUCCAUCAGAGUAAAAGAAAGCUUCACUGGAGAGGCCGGUUUGUGCAUCAGAGUAGACUGUUUUUUCACUGUCCCUCAAAGUGUCUCAGAUCCCAUUAGGAGAACCUGGUUCAAAGGAGAUCCACAAAACCCAGCUGUUCAAGUACCUUGUGUUGGCGAUUUGAGAGAGUGCAGCUUUCUGCUAAACCACUUGGUUCAGGGGGAAUCUGAUGGUGAAUACAGAUUGAAACUGGAAUGGGAACAAGGGGAAGUGUUUAUCUUUCCUCAGACAGUACACAUUACUGUAAAAGAACUCACCCAGAAGCCAACAAUAAACGUCCCACCACUCACAGAAGGAGAUAAAGCAGAGAUAUCCUGCAAAGUUCCAGGGGAUUGCAUAAAUCCCACAGCAAAUGUUGUAUGGGAAGGGAUUGAGCCCGAUGGAGUUCAAAGGAGAAUCGAAAGUCUGAUUGGUGAAGAUAAUUUUGCCGAGUUUUCAACAUUGACUUUCCAUCCUGAGCUCAAACAUCACAAUACUAACCUCACAUGUACAGUCAUUUUUCAAGGAAACAUCCAGACUGAAAGUACUGUCAUCCUCAAAGUAAGACAUAACCCAACAAUCCUGGACAGCUCUCGUUGUUUUGUGUGGGGUGAUGAACUGAGCUGCAUGUGUGUCAGCAGUGGUGAGCCGUUACCCCAGAUAUACUGGCUAAUACCGGAUGGUGCUAGUGAAUAUUACAGUGCUGUUUCAGAAGACAUCAUUAUAAGCAUCAUCACCAUUUCCAUUGCUAGUUUUGGGAACUUCAAUGCUACCUUUUGUGUCAGUGAAAAUCUCAUAGGACUGGCAAUAAUGGAAAUUGAAGUGCACGGGCAUGCUGAAAAACCCAAAGAAAAUUGGAGUUUUUCCACCCCUUGGAUAUUCUUUACCCUUUCAGUUGUUCUAAAUGUCAUCUUUGCUUUCUGGUUGACUGUCGUCCUACGGAGAGCAAGAUGUAAGAAACCAAAAGAUGACGUCCAAGUUUACAUGACUGCAAUGAAGAGAGAGGAAUCAGUGUAAGACUAUCAGAAUGUCUUCAGAGAGAUCUUAGUGAAUUGAUAAAUGCAUUACAGCUUUAUUGGGUUUAUGUCAAGCAGCUUUUCUUACACUGUAGCAUAUAUUGGAACAGUUAGCAGCAUAAAAAUUAUCUCUACAUCAUCUCUAUGUUAAGAAUUUAAUUUUGAUUAAAUAAAAGUUGUCAUUGUUUUCAAAGG